UGAAAAACGGAUAGUACUAGCACAAUUGACUUAAGAACUUCUAUCGAGGAAGUAUAUAAUGCCAGCAUCUUUGAAGUCAUUUGAUUUGGAUGAUGAGAUGUCACUGUCGGCUAAUGAACCUCACUCAACUUCUCGUAGACAAUUCAGAUCAGGGGAUAUAGAAAAUAGGAAAGAUGUUCUACAAGGCGAUGAUGAUGAAUUUGAUGAUAUUGAGUUUGAUGACACGAGGAUGGAAACUCCUAGAAAUUUAAGAAAGGACGGUACCAUACAUUCGUUUGACACACGAACAAACCAGACAACAGAUAAUAGUCCUACAAGAUACCGACAAGAAGUUAGGACUCUGAAAGUUUCGUUGAAGGAUGAUGGCAUAGGAAGCAGACGGCCGGCUACUCCUCGAGCAAGCCAGCCAAAUAGCGUGUUAGAUUACCGUAGCCGUAACGGUACACCGUUACGAAAUGUGAAGAAUGCUGCAAGCGAUGAGUUCUCUUUUACUAAAGGAAAACCUGAUGAAGACACGGAAAUAAUUAGAAAGACUCGAUUGAUAACUGAUAAUAAUGAAUACGAUCCCCAGGAAGUUCCACGAAUUGAAAAUGGAUGGGAUAGCUCCCCUAAAGUAAAAAAGGGAGGUGCUUAUAUUAAUAAUUCACCACCUUCCAAUAUGAAAAUACGACCAUACAACUUCAAUACUUUUUCUUCUGGUAAAAAUCAUAAUGAUGCUAUAACAGCGGAUUCCAUAGAAUUGAAUAACGGUGAUAUUGAAUUUGAUCCUUCUGAAGAAGAAAAUGAUAAAAAGAUUGAUAACUUGACCGGAAUAUACGAUCCAAAAAUACUAGCUAAUGGAGAAAGGAAAGAAGAAGAAGUAGAUGACCAGCAUAGGGAUAUUGUCGAAAGGAUACGGUCGGAUAUUUACGAGGGUGACCUAACUAAAGAAGAGAUUGCUGAACAAAUAGAAGCAAGUAUUAACCACUUGAGACAAAAAGAUACCUCUGAUCAUGAACAAUCAAGGCCUAAAUUGGUACAACAGGAAAAUGACGAGGAUGAUGAAUCAGAUAUACAGGAGAAGAAUUCUUCGACGGACGAAGAUGAUGAGCCGGAAAUUCUCGAAGAGUUGUCUUCGUGUAUACAGAAGAGUGAAAGCAACAGGAGUGAUCAAGGCAGAAAUGAUUUUACAAGAGCAAGCCGUCUUAGAAGUGAUGGGUAUAGAAGUGGAUUACCCAGAAGUAAUAGCUAUAGGAGCGGUAUUCCUCGAAGUGACAACUAUAGAAGUAACUUACUUCGUAGCGAUGGAUUCAGAAAUGAAGGGUAUAGAAAUUACCGAUCUGAAGAUCGAGCAAGUCAAUAUUCAAAGAUCAGUCAACUCAGGAGUGAUCCAAUUGACAUUAAUAUUCUGCGUGAUACCAAACGUCGCCAACCUAUUUCAAAAGUAUCUAGUCCUGUUAAAGUUGUGGAAGAUGAUAAUGCUGAAGGGACUAAAAAACCUCGCUUCAAUCAACUAUCUGGACAAUACGCCCGACAAGUACUUAGACAAAGAAGAGAAAGAAUUGACCCUGUUUCUAUAAGGUCAUAUAAUGGUUCACCCAUUCGUGAAAUUGGGACUUUGCGAAGUCAAAGUUCUGCAAUGGACCCCCCUAGACCAGAACAUAAACCUGAGGUGGUCAAUCGUAUUGCAGUACCCAAAGAGACACCUGAAGAGGACAUUCUUCGUAAAAAGUAUAAUCAGGCCAAGUCUAACAUUACAAAAGCAUCAAAAAGAAAGUUUGAAGAUUGGCCUACCUAUAAGUGGAGGAAAUUGGAAAAAUUAUUAGCACUAAAAGAGCUUUCGCCAGAAAUGAUCAUUAAUAGUGAUAUGGUUAUGAAAGGACUUGAUUGUUCAAAACACGAAUUACUGCUCAGAGUGAAAUAUUUGAUGCAAAAAAACAAAACCACCAAACCCAAGCAGGACUACAUAGCUACUAGAAGCAAGCCUGGUAAGGUUGUUAAAAAGACCAAGACUAGUCGAAACAAAAUUUGAAUAUAAAAAAAAAAGAAAAAAGUUGUAUAACACCUUGUAUUAUUAAAGUCUCUAAUGUAUUAUAUAUAAUGAUAUGGAAAAUGAAUUCAUGCAAAUAAA